AUGUCACGGAUAUUAACAUUAGGGCGUCUGACUGGUAAUUUGCGCAAUAAGUGCAGUAAAACGCAGUGUUGUUUGGAAAAAUUCGUGAUACGUCGACACUGCGCAACUGUGAAUAGAUUAAAAUUAGACUCACAGAACGUAGUGAGCAGCGGAUUUCCAGAUGUGACGGAUUUCGAGAGUGUUUAUUUACAUGACUUCAUAUGGGAGAAUAUAGGAAGAUGGUCAAACAAAACCGCUCUGGUGUGCUCGAUGACUGGUCGAUCAUACACGUACAGUCAGUUAAGAAAAGCAUGCGGCAGACUAGCAACGAGUUUCAGAAAGAACUUGUUUCCUGGAGAUACUAUUGCUAUUAUUUUACCAAAUAUGCCGGAAUAUCCUAUUAUCAUUUUAGCGGCGAAUGAAGCCGGAUUAACGCCAACGCUGAUCAACCCUGCAUACACAAUAUAUGAGAUAAAGAGAUAUUUGGAACUGUCGGGUGCUAAGGCAGUUAUAACGUGGCCGACGAAAUACGCUGAUGUUCAAGCGAGUAUUAAGGAAAACCCAACAAUAAAACUACCUAUUAUUAUCGUAAACGAUGGCAUUGAGGAUGAUUUAAUCCCGCGGACCAUUAAACUGACCGAUAUGAUGCGCGACGACAUUGAGGAAUUUUCAGUUAGUCAGAAAACUGGCGUUAGUUACGAAAAUACGGUAUUGCUACCUUUUUCUAGUGGCACUACUGGCUUGCCAAAGGGAGUCGAGUUGAGCCAUAGAAACAUUGUCGCGAAUGUCCGGCAAUUUUUACAUCCAGAACUAUUCAGCGCAGUGGAAGCUACUGAGUCCCACCAGGAUGUCCUACCAGUGAUGUUACCAAUGUAUCACAUGUUUGCACUGGUCAUUUCUAUGAUCACUUAUUUACGAAUAGGUGGUAAAUUGGUAUGCAUGCCGAAGUUUUCCCAGAACGAAUUCAUAAAGGUAUUGGAGGAAUAUCCAAUAACGCAAUUGCAAGUCGUGCCGCCGAUAGUACAGAUGUUGGUUUAUAAUGAACGAAUAACGCCACGUCAUGUCAAGCAUAUAAAGUCGAUAUUGUCAGGAGCAGCGCCGAUUGGGGAUGAAUCCAUCGCGAUGUUUCAAAGUCGUAUCAGCGAUUCCGUGAUCUUUUGUCAAGGAUACGGCAUGUCGGAAGCGUCACCCGUUAUUGCGGUAAGCUGCGGCAACACUCCGCCGGCCUCGUGCGGCUAUGUGAUACCAAACACACAAUUGAGAAUCGUAGGACAAAACGACGAUAAUCGCGACAAGAAUUUGGGUCCACGCGAAAUGGGACAGAUAUAUAUACGGGGCCCGCAAGUAAUGAAAGGAUACUUUAAAAACCCCGAAAGCACGGCAGACAUUAUGGAGGGAGAUUGGUUAAAAACUGGCGAUCUGGGCUACUAUACCGAAGAGGGCUUGAUAUACGUACACGGCCGAUGUAAAGAAUUGAUAAAGGUACAAGGAUUUCAAGUUUCCCCCUCCGAACUCGAAGAGGUGAUUCGCCCUUACGAUAAGAUACAAGACGUGGCCGUUAUCGGAGUACCGCAUGAUAAGUACGGCGAAAUUCCGAAAGCCUUCGUGGUUCCUAAACCGGGGAUGAAAGUCGACGAAGAUGACCUGAAGAAAUUUGUCGCCGAACGCGUAGCCAAAUUUAAGCAAUUGGGAUAUGUACAAAUUGUAGAUAGUAUUCCAAAAAGUGCGGCAGGGAAAAUUCUACGAAAAGAACUUGCAAAAAUAUAACGCGCGACUUGUUUGGAUAUCCCUCUAACUGAUAACAAGAAAAAUUUUGUGACAAUAGUUCAUAGAGACAUUAAUUCAUAUUGAUUUACAUAUAUAGCUAACGCUAACAAAAAUAUUUAUUAUAACAAAAAACCACUGUUGAUAUGAAACAGUUUAUAUACAAGAUAAUUAAAUUAUUUAUUCUUUA